ACCUGUAUUUGACUUCUUCUGUAGAUUGGACUGUAAAGUUGUGGCGAGCUAAAUCAAUUUCAAAACCGUCAACUUCUACGCAAAAUAUUGCUCCGUUAUAUUCUUUCGAAGGAGCUGAUGAUUAUGUGUACGAUGUUAAGUGGUCCCCUAGUCACCCAGCGAUAUUUGCUUCGGUAGAUGGUACGGGUAAAUUCGCUUUGUGGAAUUUAAAUGUUGACGCCGAGGUACCAAUUGUGAGUACACAGGUUGGUCAAGGUAGAGCAUUGAACAAGAUUCAAUGGGACAAAGAAGGACGUAAGACAGCUAUUGGUUCGUCAGACGGCAGAGUCCAUAUUUAUGAUAUAGGAGAGUUAUCUCAACCAAGGAGUGAUGAAUGGAACAUUAUGCAAAAAACCAUAUCAGAGUUAAUUGAUACCACUGAAAGUCAUGGUGGAAGAUAUGCACUCGCAAAAUAA